GUCGGAGACAGAGCAGUUUAACAAUGGCCGAGCCGACCUGCAGGCCCAACCCCAUCGCGGCGCUCAUCCGACAAGGAGCCGAGGAGGCAGGCCGUUUGCAAGGCAGCUCCCGAGCGGCCACGAAGGUCCAGCGGAUGAUCAACAGCCUCCAGUGGCGUCAGGCACACUCGAAGGACGACAUCUAUCCUCUGCCCCUUGAAUCGGGGGUCGUUCUCGAGUUCCGGCAGCUGCAAGCGGGGGAAGUAACCGGCCUCGGAACCGGGGCGACCGUGUGGCCCGCGGCGCACGUCCUCGCCAAGUACCUCGAGCGCAGGUUCGGUAGCGACGGCGGGGGCGGAGGACGACCGGGAGGGAUGGAACGACUUCGAGCUGUCGACCUUGGCGCCGGCACAGGCGUGGCGGGCAUCGUGGCGGCGGCGUUGGGCGCGGAGGCGUUUCUGACCGACCAGGAACAGCUCUUGUUCCUCAUGCAGGAGAACGCGGACAGGGCGACUGCGAAGCGAGAGAAGCCGAAGGCGAGUGAUGCCACGACCGCCGGUGUUGCUUGCGGCGAAAUAAGAGUGCUGACGUACGACUGGGGCAAAGACGACGCAAGCCUGUCCCCCCCGGUGGACAUCGUCCUCGUGUCCGACUGUGUCCUCCCGAAGCUCUAUCCGAUCGAGCCCCUCGUCGACGCCAUCGACCGGCUUUCCGGCCCCGACACCGUUACCAUCAUGUCUUACGAGCAUCGGCAUUACCCGAAAUUCGACCCCCGCCGGAGGUUCGAGGAACUGGCAGCUGCGAAAGGCCUCGUCAAAACAAUUAUCCCGCAGGCGCGACAACACCCCAUAUUUUCGGCAGACGACAUCGAGAUCUGGGAGGUGCAGCGGCGGCGGCGGCAGCCGCGGCAAGACGGAACUUCUUGCCAAGCAAGCGAAACACGCUCCACAGCUACCGAGGGCAGCACGCAAGCAGAGUCUGUGUUCUUAGAGACGCCGGCCAACGAGACUGAAGUGGUGAUAUUCUCUUCUCCGCCUACAACGCCUCUCUGUGUUUCGUCGCGAGAAGACAAGACAGCGGGGUUGUCGGCGACGGAAGCACCGGGGCUCGCAACAGCAGGGGCUGCUGAGGUGCGGACGGUGGUGGGCAUACUCGGGGAGCGGCACGAGCUUACGCAGACGCCGUCCGGAGCGCUCGGGAGUUACCUUUGGCCUUCCGCCUUGGUCAUGGCGCGGCAUAUCGUGUCCACAGCCCCCGUAAUUGGUGCUGCAGGUUCACACACAAGAGGAUCCAGCAGCGAUGGGGGCUCCCUCGAAAACUGCAGUGCUGGGCCGCCACCUUGUGGGGAGCCGUUGCAUCGAGAUCCUGCCCGAGUAUCGGCUCUGGAGCUUGGGUCGGGGGUGGGUCUUGUGGCGAUGACGGCGGCGCUGCUGGGGUGGGAGUUCGUAGCCUCGGACAAGGCCGACGCGUUGCCGCUGUUGGAGCUGAACGUGAAGCGGUGCGUUUCGUCAACGAAACGGACGUGCGCUGGGACGGUGGACGUGAUGGAGUACGAUUGGGGUACGGACGCGAAACGUCUUCUGGAGGGUAGAAAAAGUUCCGGCAGUGGCGAUGGCACCAGCUACGAUCUGGUGAUCUGUGCGGACUGCGUCUACGCAAGUGCGUCGGUUGAACCUUUGCUGGCGAGCCUUUGCCAGGUGUGCGGCGACAACACAGUCGUCCUGGUGACCAACGAACUGAGGUCGGCUUUCGACGAGUUCGUGCGAGGGGCGAGGGGGCUAGGCUUCCAGGUAGAAGACGUGCACGUGCCCGAGGCUCAGAUGGUGGUCGACGCAUCCACCAAUCAGCGCCCCAAGCCUGUCGCUCUCAAGCGCUUGCGGCGAGGACCACCGCAGCCUUCGCUUUUUAUCCCUUAACAAGCGGAUGGUGGCCAUUCU